AUGUGUUAUGUUAAAGCUCUUUUAAAGAUAGCAAAUGAAGAUGAAUUUGACUUUUCCAAAUUAUGUUUUGCAAGUUUUAUUGAGCCAAAUAUGUUUGACGAACCUCUUAAUGAGCAACCACAAAUAAUAGACAAAACUAAUGAAUUAACUGCACCUGAAACUGAGAUUAACGAAUUUACUGAGACUAACAAAUUUACUGAUUUAGAAAACGAAUUAUAUUCUUUAACAAAGAGACAAAGCUUUAUAGAUUGA